AUGAGUGUUGCACGAGGAUGGCACACAGCAUCUGUACUAUCAAAUGGAAAAGUAUUAGUUACUGGUGGAUUAGGCAAUGUUUAUAUUUAUUUAAAUAGUGCUGAGUUAUAUGAUCCAUUAACAGGUGCUUGGGCAGUUACUGGUAACAUGACUAAUUCACGACGAUGGCAUACAUCAUCUUUAUUAUCAGAUGGAAAAGUAUUAGUUACUGGUGGAUACUAUGCUGGUGGUUUAAAUAGUGCUGAACUGUAUGAUCUAUCAACAGGUAUUUGGACAGCUACUGGUAAUAUGACUAAUAAACGAUUAUAUCACACAGCAUCUGUAUUAGCAAAUGGAAAAGUAUUAGUUACUGGUGGAUAUGGUAACACUGGUUAUUCAAAUAGUGCUGAGCUGUACGAUCCAUCAACUGGUAUUUGGACAACUACUGGUAAUAUGAGUAAUGCACGAGAGUAUCACACAGCAUCUGUAUUAUCAAAUGGAAAAGUAUUAGUAACUGGUGGAGCUCCAAGCAAUAGUGCUGAGCUGUAUGAUCCAUCAACAGGUAUUUGGACAACUACUGGUAACAUGAGUAAUGCACGACAAUGGCACACAGCAUCAGUAUUAUCAAAUGGAAAAGUAUUAGUUACCGGUGGUAUGGAAUCUGGUUAUACUGUUUUAAAUAGUGCUGAACUGUAUGAUCCAUCAACAAGUAUUUGGACAAUUACUAGCGACAUGACUAAUGCACGAGAAUAUCAUACAGCAUCUGUAUUAUCAAAUGGAAAAGUAUUAGUUACUGGUGGAUGGAAUGGUAAUGGUGUAUUAAAUAGUGCCGAACUGUAUGAUCCAUUAACAACUACUUGGACAAUUACUGGCAAUAUGACUGACACACGAGAAUAUCACACAGCAUCUGUAUUGUCAGAUGGGCUAGUAUUAGUUACUGGCGGAUUCAAUGGUGCUAGUGAUUUAAAUAGUACAGAAUUAUAUUAA